CUCGAAUCUCAAGCUUCGCUUAGUGGCUUUACUCAAGCUUCUUUACAGCUUGUUUCGAGUACUUACUAAUUUUAAAUAGGGCAGUAUUAAAUUAAGAUAUUUCUCACCUAUGUUUAUAAAACUAAGUGCAUUCUAAAUUCACUAUGGAUGAUAUAGAAAAAUUAAGUUGCAAGGAAGAACUAGAUUUGAGCGAUGUGGAACAUUCAGCUACUGAUGAUCACAAAGAAAUGGAAGAAAAACCGAAAAAAAAUCGUAAGAAAAGACGUCGGGAAAUCGAUAUGAUUAAACUGUCUGACGAUGAUGACACUGAUGAUGAAGGUCUGGCAAAGAAGUUAUUGCGGAGACAUAGUCCUGGUCCCAACUCUCCGGCAUCCCAUAGAGAACCUCGUACUUGCGUAUUGAAGGCCAGUCAAAAGCGCCGCCCACUCUCCCGUCUCCUAGAACAGCUGCUACGUAACUUGGAGAAGAGAGACCCUAACCAGUUCUUUGCUUGGCCAGUGAACGAUAAUUUUGCACCAGGCUACUCCACAAUAAUUAGGCGGCCGAUGGACUUCUCAACUAUGAAACAGAAGAUUGAUGACAAUGAAUAUAAAUCACUCAAUUGUUUUAUCAGCGACUUCAAACUAAUGUGCAACAACGCCAUGAAGUACAACAAGCCAGGGACAGUGUACCACAAGGCGGCGAAGCGGUUACUCCACGCGGGGCUGAAGCAACUCACGCCGCAGAAGCUCCGGCCACUGGGCGAUAUACUCACUUACAUGUACGAGAUACCGAUCAGAGAGCUCGGCUUUGAUAUCGGCAAAAUGGAUGUUCCGUUACGGACGUACGGUAGAAAGCACAAGGUGCUGAAGCGGAGCAGCCCGAUGAAGAGCGGCGGCUCCGAGGCGGAGGCCGCGUCCGACGGGCAGGAGCGCCAGGACUCCGGCGACAGCGUCAAGAUACAGAUGGAGGCCGCGCGCGAGCAGCACCGCCGCCGCCUCGCCAAGCAAGCGUUCCCCCGCAUGGAUGCGGACGGCAAGACGACGCUGUGCCUGGUGACGCACACGGCUGAUGCCGUCGAGGACAAGCCGCUGACCCUGGGGCAGUACAUCGGGAAACUCAAUCAGGGCACCGGCACUCUGCACACGACCCGCGAGGACCGGCGCAACGUGGCCAAGGGCGUGAAGCCGCUGCACUACGGGCCCUUCAGCUCGUACGCGCCCGCGCACGACGCCACCUUCGCCACGCUCACCGCGCACGAGACGCACCUCGUCUACCACACGCUGCCAUCAGAGACAGGGCAAGGCAAUGAGGAGCUACUACGCUUCGCGCCCGACUCUCCUUGGGCGCUUAUAUACGAUAUGGAGGCGAUGUUCCCGGACAAGAAGCAACAGCCCGAACCAGCUGUGCCUAAAGAUGAGAAUGAUUUAUCAAAGGUGAAGAUAGACAUAGAAGAACUUCGCACGCUCUCAGAGGUGGGAGUGGACACGGAGUUCCUCACCGAGAUCGAGGAGGAGGUGGCCGCCGCGCAGCACGACUACGGCAUCGCCUCCGCACUGCGCCACACCGGCGAGCUGCUCACCAAGCUGGAGAAGGAGCAGAAGGAGCGGCUGUCGGCGCCGCCGCCCUGGCACCUGUCGCUGUGCGCGCGCGCCGGCGGGGCGGAGCGCGAGCUGGCGCGCCUCGCCGCCGGCUGCCUGCGCGCCAUGCUGCAGCGCGUGCCGCCGCGCCACGUGGCGCCGCCCGCCGCGCUGCGCCGCGCCAUGGGCGUCACGCUCGCGCACCUCGAUACUCCGAUGGCAGUCGACGAC